AAUUGCCAAGAACCCUAAAUCCUGAACCACGGGCAAAUUUUCGCAAUUUUUUUCCAGAGAAUUCAAUUGAAGAAGGAUUGAUGUAACUGCGGUUUUUCAUGAUAAUGACUCUGCAUAUAUGCAAAGGAUUUGUCCUUUUCUCUUCCAAGAACGCUUCAUUUUUCACCAAUCCCCAUUUUUCUUUAUCAUUUUCUCUGCUUUUCUUCUCUUCCUCGACCAAAAAGCAAGCGAAAAAUGCUCCUGCGGUGUCUGAUUUCCUACUACACAAACACAAGUUUUCUCUUGAAACAGUUUCACAAGUUUCAUCUGUUUUAAACCGUGUAAAGAGUCUAGAAAAAUCUGAUUCAAUAUUACAGUUCCUCAAAGAGAGCGGUUUUUCAAAGACCCAGUUGGAGAAAGUUGUGAAAACUCAGCCUGGGCUGCUUUCUGCAAGUAUUGACAACACCAUCAAGCCAAAAAUCAAGAUUUUCCAAGAUUUGGGUUUUUCUGCUAAUGACAUUGCUGAGAUAAUCUCAAAUGAUCCAGUGAUAUUGCAUCGAAGUGCAGAUAAAAGGUUCAUACCUUCAUUAUCAGUGUUGAAGAGCUUGUUGGGAUCCAGUGCAGAGGUAGCUAAGGUUUUAAAGAUUUCUGGGUGGUUUUUGAAAAAUGAUUUGGAGAAGACUAUGGUACCCAAUAUUGAAUUCAUAAAGAGCUGUGGUGUAGGGAUGGAGCAAAUUAUAAAGCACAUAUAUAGUUUUCCAAGGUUUCUUUUGCAUAGUCCUGAAAGUAUAAAAAAAUUUGUCAAAACUGUGGAUGAGAUGGGGGUCUGUAGAAGUUCCAAAAUGUUUAUUCAUGCUGUUCGAGUAGUUAGUUCAAUGAGCGACCAGAAUCUGGAAAUCAAGUUAAAGCUUUUCAGGGAUUUGGGAUUUUCGGAAUAUGAGAUUUUAGAAAUGUUUAGGAAGACCCCUCCGGUGUUUGCUGUGUCGGAGAGGAAGCUGAAGAAGGUAAUGGAGGUUUUGCUUGCAACAGGGAAGUAUGAUGUUUCAUGUAUUUUUAACAGUCCAACAUCAUUUAUUUGCAGUGUUGAAAAUAAGCUUAAGCCUAGGAUACAAGUUUUGUCGAUUUUGGAAAGUAGGAAUUUGAUUGAAAAGUGGCCCAGUCUUGCAACAAUGACUAGAAUGACAGAAAUUAGUUUUUUUGAGAAAUUUGUUUACCCUUUUUUGAAUGAAGUCGGAGAAGUAUACAUGGCAAACAAUACAAUCACAGCCAAAAGAAGCAGGAAACUUAAAGAUCAGAUUAAGAAGGAGCCGUAGAAUCUUCUAACCUUCUAUGACAUGAAUCUUCUUAUACAUUUUGUUGGGUAGUCUGAAUUAGCAGUAAACUGAAUAAUAUUUAGAAUAAUGAUUUUUGGGGCGACCACAAAAUUAUCGAUGAAAAGCUUAGUUUGUUGUCAUUGAUACCAAUGAUCUCUUUGUUAAAGUUGUGACCCUAUGGAACCAAUUAAAAUAAAACUGGUACUUUGUCGAUUUUCAUUUUUCCAUGUAUUCAUUUUUGUAUUUCUGGUUUCAAUCCAUAAUUUUUCACUGUCUAACAAAAUGAAUUAAGGAAAAUUUCUAGCUUGUUUGAAGCUAAGAUAUCAUAGUUUAGUCAAUGUAAUUGUUAUAACUGCUUCUAUGAUUACAUUGUUUUACUGAUUGUGUUAUGCAAAAUGCACUUGUAUAGAAGAAACUCAAUAUCUUGAUGAAUAAUGAGGCCUCCUUGAAUGAUGCUUUAAGCAGUAGUAUGCUUCCUAUA